UGGUAGGACAGUUAUACCUCAUAUAGCAAAUUUGAACUAUUCCUGAUUUACUGAGUAAUACAAUGGGCUCUUCAGCUGGUCUUGAAUUCCCAACGGGGUUCACCCUACAUCAAAUUACGGGUCCUGAAGAACUAGAACGAUGGAAUCCCUCACUCACCCAACUACUUUUAUCCUGCGUCAACGAUGACCCUUCUGCAUCCUCGAUCGGCUUCCACGCACCUCUCUCCACCACCAAAGCCACGGAAUUCUGGUCCUCGCAAUCACCUCAACUAUUCGGCCUCAACCCCAGAGCUGCCCUAUUUGUGCUCGCCCGUGACACCACCGCAGUCGGAACGAUUUCGCUCGUAACCCAUCCCAAGGAAACUCAUGCUCACAAAGUCGAAGUCGGCAAGCUAUUGGUUUCCGCAGCAGAAAGAGGUCAUGGACUGGGAAGGAAGCUAAUGGAGAUGGCGGAGAGGUUUGCAAAGGAGGAAUUGGGUAAGACUAUGGUGUUGUUGGAUACAGCUUCGGAUACGCCGGCUAGGGGGUUUUACUUGAAGCUGGGAUAUACGGAAUGGGGUGUUUGUCCAAAAUAUGCUGAGAGUGCGGAUGGACAUUUGCAUGACUGUUCAUUCUUCUACAAAUUUCUUGGCAACUAG